AUGCUGUGUGAAAUGUAUGAACCUGUUCUUACUGUGAAAUUUAUAAUUUCGCUUCUGUUCGUGAUCGCUGAUUUGAAAGCAGGUAGGUGCUGGGUAAGGACUGUGAUUAAAAAGGCUCAUUGCUUUGUUUUUAGUUUAUCUAAUUUUGACCUGGUAUGAAUAGUAGAGAGCUUAAAAUCACCGUUGAUUUUCAAAUUUCAGCAGAUGUUUUCAGACAAUUUGUAGUUAAGAAUUAAAUUUGGUUAGAUAACCUCUCAUUGAGCUUCAUUUCCAUAUUCUGUACAUACACAGGGUGUAAAGAAAGUCGGUUUUAAAGCUUUCCAUUUAGGCAAGCUAUAAAUAGCAUGUACUAGCCCUAGAGUCAUUUUAAAUGUAGCUUGCCUAAAGAAAGUUUUUAUGACCAGGAUUGAUAACAGUUCCUCUGUAAUUUGAAUUCCCCAAAAACUCCAUUAGUAAGAACAGAACUCACCCAUCUGAUGGCAAAAUCCACUAGCCCCUGGUUAUCGGACAUGUGUUUCUUUGCUUGCUGAUAUAUUACUAGCCUGCGAGAGCGUGCGGUUUUUUGGCUCAAGUUUCUAGUUUCACCCGCCGAAUGGAUGCUCUUGCAAGCUAAUAUAUUACAGCAGCAAAUUCAACAUGUUCUGUUCUUCCUUCACUUUAGCUUCUUCAUGGUCACAUGUAUCAUUAUUUUAUACUCUCUGUGGUGUCUUAAGUAUCCAGUCAGUGACCUUAAACAUUCAUUUUUUGGAGGGGUUACCUGCAUGGAAACAAGAUUGCUUGAUGGACAAUCAGAGAUCCAAUUUUUAAUUUUUUAAUUUUUUUAUUGUGGAUGUACUUGCAUUUAUUUUAUUUCUAGUUGUUUUUAGAAGAGACCUCUGCACCUGGGCUUGUCAGAGCCUGUGUCCAGAUGUCAUGCAUGACACUCAUGCAGACCUUCAUGGUUAUUUAAUUUACAGCAUACUGUUUCAGUUAUUAAUUUUAGGACAAUGUUCUUGGCAAAAACCACAGAAAAACUUCCAUCAAACCUUGGUUUGAAGUGAUUUUUUUAUCACUAACUUUCUUUCAGGACUCAGCAUACCCUUAUCAUCAAAGAGUGGAAACAAUGUCCAAAUUCCACCCAUUAUAGUGAACCAUAAUGAAUCAAGACUACUCAAUAUUACAAGCAACAACCUAAACACAAGUACAACAAACUUGACAUCUAUCAACACUGCUGUGCCCACAGUCUUAACAACUAAGCCAUCUAGGACACAUAUCCUGGAGAACAAUUUAGAUCAUGGUGCUUCUUCAUCAAGCAAUGUGUCAAACUCAUCUGUAAGCGAUAUAGCAUCAACUACACCAAGCUUAUUGACUUUGUCCACACAUGUUCAGAACCAUACUACUGUUUCACCAUCACAAAAUGCUGUGAAGCAUCAUUUUAACAAAAAAAUACUUGAAUAUGUUAUCAUACCAAUAGGAUGUUUGUUGGUUGUUUUAAUUUCAUAUUGUGUGGUGAGUACAAUUUAACCAGUCAUUUACUUUUUAUUAAAUAAGAUAAAUUUUUUUUAUGUUUAACAAGUUUGAAGUAUCACUCUUGGUAUUUAUGCCAAAUAUCACUACAAAUCACGCUAUUACCUAUACAAAUAGAGUUUUAGGUUUCAGUUUUGGGGGUUGGCUUUGAAAACUCUUAGUUACUGCAAAUUCCCAUGACUAUUUAAGCGCUUACAAAGGAUGCUGAUGCAUUUUGCUAUGGCAAUUUCCACCAUUUACUGCGUCUCCUAUAGAACCCUGUUAAUGAUAUAAUUGCAGGGUACAAAGAAAAUCAUUUUUCCAGCUUGCCAUUCGGGCAAGCUGAAGCUAGCAUUUACUAGCCCAGAUGUCAUUUCAACUAGCCCCAAAAACUUUUUGACCAGCAGAAUUGAUUUCACAGUUCUUCUGUUAUUCAAAUCCCUCAAAAAACAUCACUUGCCUAGGGUUGUCGGCUACUAAGAGAGUGGCCCCGGCUACUUUUAUUGGAAAAUAGUAAAAAAUAGAACCAAAACAAAUUCACAUUUGAUUCCCGCCUACCCGGCAACUUAAAAUCCAACCCUGCUGGCUAUCGGACACUACUUUCUUUGCACGCUGAAUUGAUUUUUCAUUGUAUUUUGACUUAUAGAUUCGUCAAGUGCAGAAAGUAAGAAGAAAACGGCGGCUUGAAAGAGAACUGUUUCAUCAGUACUCCUACCCAAACAGUGAAGCUGAUGACAUGGAAGAGAGGAAUAUUGGCGAUGUAGAGAGCGUCAUUAAUGCCCAGUUUGUUUGUAUUAACAGUGAUCGUUCAGAUAAGAAUCUAUAUGAAGAUUCACACGAGGUAAGGUCAUCUUAAAACUAGUUUAAAUAGUUUACAAUUAAUACAGUGAAACCCCGCCUUACGGCCACCUCAGUAAUACAGUCACCUUGUUAUUAUGGCCACUUUUUUUGGCCGCCUGGCCAAAACCGCCAUACAUUUUCUUGUAAAAAACCCUCGUUGAUACUGCCAAAUUUUUUUGGCCCUUUGGUGACCGUAUUAACGGGGUUCCACUGCAGCUGAUUAGCUGGAUAAGUUUUUGCCGGGUCCACCUAAUAGUUUCUCAUUUUCCUGAGGGGUUGUAGAGGAAGUGAACUGCAUAAUACAUGAAAAUUGCCACCCAAAACAAUGGUAGAAUAGGAGGAAGAGAGAAAUGAGGAACUCUGCAUUUUGCAGACUGUAUCCUCUUCAAUUCAGUACAAGAGCUAGCCUUUCUUCCCCAACCAACCAACCCUAAAUAAUAUUAUAUUGUAGCACUGUUCAGGCUACCUGCAGGACAAACCUCUCCAUCAGUUCUGAUAAAGUCUGUUUGCCAACAUUUUCUACCCCUCUGGCCCAUGUCAGUAUCUUCCUUCUCGUCAAUAUAACACUGACCAAGGGCCUAGUUCCCCAUUUAUAGUUCUGGUCACAGUCUUACUCUAUUUAUCUGUGCAUGGUAUGAACUCCUGCCAGGUGUAUUGUACAUGUUUGGUCCAGAAUGUCUUGUUUUCUGAAGUGUACACCAUUUGACAACAGUAUCUCAACAAUUUUGUUGCCGAUUGUACAUGUAGCUAAGAAAUGCAUACUUAAAUUUUGUGUUCCUUAGGUAAACCUGGCAUUUGAUGAGACAUCCAAGCUAGUGGUUCAAGAACCAGUAUCACCUGAAUUGGAGGCUUCAACAAGUUUUCAAAGUUGAGCUGGGAAGAAUAAUAUUAUAAAUUAGAGUCCCAUUGUACAGACUUUUCAAAGAGACUCGAAAAACAAAUCAGAUGCAUUUGAUUCUGUGGUCAUCAUGCUUGAAAGCUUGUCAAGACCAUGCCCUUGUUGAAGUAUAAGUUUUCCAAAUCAGCUCCAUACACUUGAAAGAGCUGCUUUUUAUACAGUUCUAGCUUUCAUUUGAAUUAAACUAUAAAUAAUUUAAUAACAUAAAGUCAAGACAUUUUAAGCCAUUGACAAAUCAUAAUAUUGAAAUGAAAAAUUCUGCUUUUUUUUUUUCAUAAGAAUGCAUGGUAUUUUAGUGAUCCUAAUGCGAGAACUAGUUUGUAAAGCUUUAGAAACAGUAUCACAGGAAAGUACUGCUCAGAAGCUUCCAUUUAAAUGGUAACACUUCAGGAUUUCAUCCACAGACUUAAAAGUUAGAGCCAGCUUGUACAGCAUAAUAAACAGUACCACAGGAAAGUACUGCUCAGUAGCUUUCAUUUAAAUGGUCACACAAUAGGAUUUUAUCCACAGACUCAAACGUUAGAACCAUCUUGUACAGCAAAAUAAACAGUACCACAGGAAAGUACUGCUCAGUAGCUUUUAUUUAAAUGGUCACACUUUAGGAUUUCAUCCACAGACUCAAAAGUUAGAACCAUCUUGUACAAUAACACAAUUAAACAGCAUCACAGGAAUAUACUGCUCACCAGUAACUUUCAUCUAAGUUAUCUCGUAUCAGUAUUUCGUCCAAACAUUAAAAAUCACAAUUAAAGAUGUUCAGCUUGUCCAGGGUAAUAGAAGUACCACAGAAGAAGUUUGAGAUAACAAAUUGUUAACUUUGAAAUUCUGUUGUAACAUUUGUCACUUUGUGGCGCUUAGUUUUGUAUAAAUUAUGUUCUUGUGAGUAACGGAAAAUGCAAACCCAGCACAGAUUAGGAGGACGUUUUUGUCCUGACAAACUUUGAAUUAUGUGUAUAUUUUAAAAAGUAAUUGUUAACGUCAAGAAAUACAUGGGGAAAAUAGUUAUAUCGUUAUUUUAUUUUGUUCUAAAGAGGUUCCUGUCGUUUUUUCUUUUUUGAGGAUAGUCACCACAGAAGAAAAACUAAAACUAUUUAACAAUAUGUUGUACAUUUUCUUUAACUGAGAACGGUAA